CACCUACAUAGUUGCCCAUCUAUUUGUGUACUAGUCAAGUCGUCUUGAUAAACUCAUAUGCUGAAAAGUUAGGGCACAUUUUGCUCUGUUAAUGAGUAGUGCGUGUGUGUGUAUAUAUGGACAUCGAAGGCCAGUUUCUCUUGUAAUUAACUCUUCUUAGUCUCGGUUACAAUUCCAAACAUUUUGCAUAUCCAUCUCUAUCUCCAUCUCCAGCCACAUAUAUUCACACAAUGGAGAGAAUUACUUGGUUCUUCCUGGCCGCGGCUAGCUGCUUAACCAUGGCAGCAGCACAAACCAAUAGUAAUCUCACCACAGACGAGUAUGCUCUUCUUGCUCUCAAAGCCCGUAUCACCAGUGACCCUCAAAACAUUAUUUUCACCAACUGGUCAACCACCACCCCUGUUUGCAACUGGGUUGGUGUCACUUGUGGUGCACGCCAUCAUCGAGUCGCAAGCCUGAACCUCUCUUACAUGGGACUCACAAGCACCAUUCCUCCGGAACUUGGCAACCUUUCAUUUCUUGUUAGGCUAAGCUUUAAAAAUAAUAGUUUUCACGGUACCUUGCCUCCAGAGUUGGCUCGUCUACGGAGAUUAAAGUUCAUUACCUUUGGUUUCAACAACUUUAUGGGUAUCAUUCUGUCAUGGUUCGGGUCCUUAUCAAAACUUCAAGCCUUUUAUUUGUAUGGUAAUCAGUUUUCGGGUUACAUACCCAGUGCCAUCUUCAACUUAUCAGCACUCGACGUAAUUGAUUUGAAGUAUAACCAGCUAUCAGGUAGCAUACCCGCUGCCAUCUUCAACUUAUCAGCACUCGAAGUAAUUAAUUUGAGCUAUAACCAGCUAUCAGGUAGCAUACCGAGAGAAAUCGGAAACCUAACAGUGUUGAAGGAGAUAUACCUUGAUAGUAAUAAUUUCAAAGAACUUCCGAAUGAGAUUGGCAAUUUGGAUCAAUUAGAAGAAUUGUAUGUGCAAAACAAUGCCUUACAGGGGCCUCUUCCUACGGUUGUCUUCAACAUGUCGUCUUUAACAAUUUUGACCUUCUUUGGAAACAACUUGACUGGUAGUCUUCCGGACAAUAUAUGUCAAUAUCUUCCGAGCAUUCAAACCUUGAGUUUGUCAAAAAACCAACUUGUCGGUCCACUCUCAUCCAAAUGGUCGCAAUGCAAACAACUUCUUUCAUUAGAAUUGGGGAUGAAUAGUUUCAGUGGAAGCAUACCCACCAAUAUUGCCAAUUUAACCCAAAUACAGCAGAUUGUCCUUAGCACAAACUAUUUGACAGGUACUAUACCACAUGAGAUUGGUUAUCUUCCGAAUUUAGAGACAUUGGGCCUCGGAACUAAUAAUCUCAAUGGCGUCAUCCCAUCUCCAAUUUUCAAUAUUUCCACUAUAACAUCAUUAGAUCUUACUGCUAAUGAUCUCUUAGGUAGCCUCCCAACAAAGAUAGGCCUUGAGCUUCCAAACCUAGUAGAGUUCUCUCUAGGAGGAAAUAAACUCAGCGGAGUAAUCCCCAAAUCCAUCUCCAAUGCUUCGCAGCUCACGAUGAUAGAUCUGGGAGAUAACUUCCUUUCCGGCUUUAUUCCUAGCACGCUAUGCACCUUAACAAAGCUUGAGGUGCUUUCCUUAUUCCAGAAUAAUUUAACCCUUGAUACUUCUAUUCCAGAAUUAGAUAUUCUCUCUUGUUUGCCAAAUCUUAAAAAAUUGGUAGAAUUCCAAAUCCCAAACAAUCCAUUAAAUGCCAAACUUCCGAUUUCCUUUUGGAAUUUCUCUACAUCACUUCACAUUGUCAAACUAGGGAAUUGCAACAUGAGAGGUAACAUCCCCAAUGAGAUAGGCCACUCGAGCAGCUUGAUACUCUUAGAUCUGGGAGAAAAUGAACUAAGUGGAUCAGUUCCGACCUCAAUGGGAAGAUUACAAAACCUCCAAAUUUUGGAUUUGAGUGGUAACAAAUUGCAAGGACACAUUCCAGAUGAGCUUUGUCAACUGAACCAUCUUGGUGAGUUAUCUUUGUAUGGGAAUCAACUUUCAGGUUCAAUACCUUCAUGCUUGGGUAAUCUAACCGCAACCCUAAGAAGUCUAUUAUUAGGAUCUAAUAUGUUGAAUUCAACAAUACCAUCUACCUUGUGGAGACUCACAUAUAUCUUGAAAUUAGACUUAUCAUCCAAUUCACUAAUUGGACCUGUCUCGGAAGCUGUUGGUAAUUUGAAAGUUGCCACACUUAUAGAGUUAUCAAACAACCAAUUAUCUGGUAGUAUACCAAACAGCAUUGGGAGCCUACAGAAUCUGGUCCAUCUAUCCUUGGCAAAUAAUAAUUUACAAGGACUAAUUCCAAGUUCAGUUGGCAAGUCGAUCAGCUUGGAAUUUUUGGAUUUAUCCAAAAACAAUUUGUCUGGAGUGAUUCCCAAGUCUCUUGAAUCACUCUCAUAUCUCAAGUAUCUGAAUUUGUCUUUCAACAAACUCAGAGGAGAAAUUCCAACAGGCGGGCCUUUCAAAAACUUGUCUGCUCAGUCUUUUGUUUCAAACCAUGGACUCUGUGGUGCAUCCCAAUUUCAUGUUCCACCAUGUAAAAGGAAAACUAGCAGAUCUAUCUUGAAAUAUGUCAUUCCAGGGAUCUUGUCACCGAUGCUUCUUUUAACCAUCUUAUUUUGGAUGGUCAUGUUAUGCAGAAAAAAGGAUGUGGAAGCUCCAACAGAGACCGCUGUUUUGGCUCAACUUGGAUGGAGAAGAAUUUCAUACAACGAACUUGUUAGUGCGACAAAUGGAUUCAACCUAAGAAACUUACUUGGGAGGGGGGGUUUUGGCUCAGUAUAUAGAGGAAGACUCUCAGAUGGAAUAGAUGUUGCUAUAAAGGUUUUUAAUUCAGAGACAGAAAGCGCAUUUACAAGUUUUGAGGUUGAAUGUGAAAUGCUAAGCAAUAUUCGUCACCGAAAUCUCGUCAAAGUCAUUAGUUGCUGCAGUGAAAUUGAUUUCAAAGCUCUUAUACUGAAUUUCAUGCCUAAUGGGAGCCUGGAAAAGUGGUUGUAUUCUCAGAAUUGUUCUUUGAGCAUGCUGCAGAGGUUGGAUAUAAUGAUAGAUGUUGCAUCGGCAUUGGAGUACCUCCAUCAUGGUUAUGAUGUACCUAUUGUCCAUUGUGAUUUGAAGCCAAGCAAUAUACUACUAGAUGAUGAUAUGGGUGCACAUGUUUCUGAUUUUGGCAUUGCAAAAUUCCUAAAUGGAGGAGAUUCUAUGACUCAAACCAUGACCCUAGCCACAAUUGGGUAUAUGGCUCCAGAGUAUGGAAUGGAAGGAAAAGUUUCGAGAAAGGGGGAUGUGUAUAGUUUUGGUAUUGUAGUGAUGGAAACAUUCACAAGAAGGAAGCCAACAGAUGAAAUGUUUGUUGGGGAUAUGAGUUUAAAGCAAUGGGUUGCGAAUUCACUAUAUCAAGAUGCAAUAGUUGAUGUUGUUGAUGCCAAUCUACUUGGGACCGAGGAAGAUCAUGAUUUUGUGGGCAAGAGAGAAUGUUUAUCAUCCAUUAUGACAUUAGGUCUUGGUUGUUCAGCAGAAUCACCAGAAGAGAGGAUAAAUAUGCAAGAGGCUCUAGCCACACUCAAUAAAAUCAAGAUCAAGCUUAUAGGGUAAAGCUAUGGUAUGUUAACAUUUCUCAUACAUCAACUAUUUUUACCACUUUACACAUUGUAGAAUUUUCCCAAGCUUAUAAAGGAAGUUCCAGGAAGUAUGCUGCCAGACGAGUGAUGAAUUCUAUAGACUAUAGCAUAUCAUAUGGCAUUUGACUCUGUCCUGCUUCGUUCAAACUUGCAAAAGUGUAUAUUGUGUGAGAUUUGCCAGUUGAUGUAGUAUAAUAGUAAUUCCAGGAUAUGGCUUUGUAUU